GUGUCGUCAUCAGCGCGCGCCGGCGUCGACGCGUGAGAGGACGAGCAGCACGUGAAGAUCCGCAGCGAUGGCAGCGACACAAGCGGCAGAAAUCGUGUUCGCGCAGAAACUCGCGUCCAACGAGAAGCCCAUGAGAAGCAAAGCCCUGGUGAAGCUGAGGAAAUACAUCAGCGCGCGCUCGGAGAGAGACGAGGGAUUCAAAGAGGAAGAGCUGCUGAAGAUCUGGAAGGGUCUGUUCUACUGCUUGUGGAUGCAGGACAAGCCUCUGCUGCAGGAGGAACUGUCCACAAAGAUCUCCAGACUCCUCCAGAGUUUCCAGACCCCUGACAGCCAGAUGCUGUAUUUUAAGACGUUUCUUCAGACCAUGAAGAGAGAGUGGAACGGCAUCGACAGACUGCGACUGGACAAGUUCUACCAGCUCAUCCGCUUCGUUUUCCGUGAAGUGUUUGCGAUGCUGAAGAGACAGAAAUGGGAGACCAGUCUGGUGACUGAGUUUCUCCAGAUCUUCUCGUCUCAGCUCCUGCAGAGCUCCAGUGCGUGUCCGGCCGGGUUGAUUCUUCACAUUCUGGAUCUGUAUACGACUGAACUGGCCGUCGUGGGAUCAGCUGAGCUGACAGCGGAGCAGAACCAGACCUUUAUUGAGCCUUUCUUCAAGACUAUGGCCAAGACCAAAGAUCGGGUCCUGCUGAAGGCCAUCGGCAGCAAUGUCUUCAACACCAUCGUUGAUCAAGUUCCUUUCGCCAUCGCGGAUCUGCAGAGAGAGAUGCGUCAGAGCGCAGAAGUGGACUCUGGUGACGAGUCUGACCACGAGCAGGACCUCGAAGACGACACGAAGACUCAAUCCCUCUCUGAAAACUCACAGGAAACUCAAGAUGAUGAGGAGGACUGUGAUGAAGAUGAGUGUUUGCUCUCAGGCGGCAUGGACGAUGAAGACAACACAUGUGGACCAGUUCUUCAGUUCGAUUAUGGGGCAAUAGCUGACUGUCUUUUUGAGGUGGCCAGUCACUCGAACAUACAGAGCUUCAACAGAUCCAAGAUUUACAAGUUUGUGAAAAUCUUCCGAGAUCUGAGUGAAGGUGUGUUUCCUCAGGAUGAAGUGGAGAAAGUGUCCGCUGAUGAAGAUGAGGACGAGGAUAAUAACGGCAAAAGGAAGAGAAAGAGAAGGAAACAAAAGAAUAAAAAGAAAGAUGAAGAACCCCUGAAGAAAUGCAAAAGUCCAUCAGAGUCGGAGGCUGCGUCAGACAACACAGACACAUCAAAGGACUCCAAACCAAAGAAAAAGAAGAGAAAGACAAAGAACCGAGGUUUAGAGAGUGUGGAGGGUCAGCGGACAGAGGAGAGCUCUGGGCAGGACACUCUGGAGGACGCUGAGGUCCAGAAGACAGAAGAGAAGCUGGAGAGUGACCUCGAAAACCAGCACACAGCGUCUGAGAGGUCAAGCUCCGAGCCUGCCCUUAACCUGCUGAAGAAGCGUCGGAGGAAGAGGAAGGCUUCGAGGAAGACCUGUGAAGACUCCUCAGAGGCAGCAGACGACGGCUCAGAGAUGGAGAUCAGCAUCACAUCAGCAGAGAUUGUGACUCCUGUACAGCUGAAGAAAAGAAAAAACCUGAAGAGAAAGGCAAAAGGAGCAGGAUCUGAAGUCACUUCUGUCUCUUUAGAUGCAUCGACAGCCGCGAAGACGUCACAGAAGACGCUGAGAAACGCCACCUCAGACGAGCGGACAGAAUCGCAGGACACGUCCGACUCUACAACCUCAGUGAAGAAGAGCAAACAGACGGACGCUCCAGAGAGCCAGGAAGCAGCUCUUCUGGAGGAGACGGUCCUCAGCGAAGCCCCACAGCAGACUGCUGGACGCCUGAGGGCCAAGAAGAGCAAGAAGUCAGCCGUGGCCCAGACCAGACCAGAGAGGAAGAGGAGGGUGAAGGAGGAAGAGAAGCCUUCCCCGAUCAACGGUCACGCAGACCAGACCAAGACCGCCAAGAUCAGCAAACAGGAACCUAAAGACAAGACGGUCAGAGGGUUUGUCCUCAGACAGAAGAAAGCUCCCGCACCCAUCUUCUGUAAAGCUGCAGGACACAGCACACGCUUGUCCACUAAACGGGGUUUACCAGCUUCAAAAUCUGAAAUGAAGAAAGUUACUUUUGGCCUCAAGAACAAUAAAACAAUGGAAUUCAGAAAGAUGGACCGAAGCUCGCUGCUGAGUCCAGCCAGACAGGCCCGUGUGGCCUUUGACCCCAAGAGGACGCCCAAGUCUGGGGUGUUGAAGUCGCCCACGUCAUCGCCUGCCGUAUCCAAGAGAGCCAAGGCGGCAGAUUUCUUUUAAAAUAAAGUUUCACAUGGUGUUUGUGAAAUUCAGCUUGUUCAGAUGGCUUUUGAAAACGAUGGACAGGAAGAAAUUAAUGCAUAAAGAGGUUUUAUAUUCAGAGUUUUCACAUUUUACAGACAUAUUUGGAUCAUAUGAGAAUUUCGGAAACCCUUUACAAGGGUCAUCGAGUGAAGAAACUGUCAGAAGAGAAGAGUUACGUGACUGGACCGGUCUGGAUGAAUGAUCAUUUCUCUCAUCCCAUGUCAGUGAAUAAAACUUUGUGUUUUCUUA